AUGGCAGAUGCUCUCAAGACUGUGGAUGGAGUAGGGCUGGGAAGACCGGCAACCCAUGAGUUUGACCUCCCAGCAAAGAUACUGACUGGGAGCGCCAGUGGUGCCAUAGACGUGCUAAUUCGAGAGGAUGAAUUUGGGAAGGCAAUUAUGGCAGCUGGACUACAGCUCAGACUGGUCGGUAAUAACAAGCAGCCGCUUGAUCUCAGUCAUAGUGGACACAUGAAAGUGCUUGAUGAUGCUAUUGCCAAAUGGUCUUCUGGUGCCGUACGAUAUGGUGAUCUAGAUGCCUUCGGCAUUGAGCUGAAUCCGUAUGGCACACCGUACCAGCAUCUAGUUUAG